AUGGAGAGCAAGUACUUCAGAUUUGGAGAUAUUUUACAUCAACCUAUUGAAGCAAAAAACUGCUCUUACACCUGGAAUGGUCUCACUAAGGGACUUAAGAUUGUUCAACAAAAUUUCUUCAUGGAAGUUAACAAUUGCAGAAAAACAAAGAUUUGGCUUGACAGAUGGAUUUCAUGUCUCAAUGUUCCUCCCAUGCCUGUUAAUGACCUUCAUAGGUUUUACUCAGUUGUAGAAAAACUACUUAUUCCAAAUACUAAUACAUGGAAUAUCAAUCUACUCAACCAAUUAUUUUCUCCUGAUAUUUCUUUCAGGAUACAAAAUAUUUUUAUGGAUAUCAGUAAAGAAGAUACAAUGAUCUGGAUGCCUUCUACUGACGGGAAAUUCUCAGUUAAAAGCACAUACAAAAUGCUUUCUAAAAACACCAGUGCAGCGCAAGUCAAUGACAUAAUUGUUUCAUCCAAGACAUGGAAAGCUUUAUGGCAAAGCAAAGUGGCACAUCGAGUUAAAAUUUUUGCUUGGAAGUGCAUUCAUGGAAUUCACUCCACAAGAGUCAAGAUAGCUCUCUAUAACAGUGACAUUGAUUCUCAAUGUGGCAUUUGUGGAAUGGCAAAUGAGACUAUGGAGCAUUUAUUGUUUGAAUAUGGUCAUUCUAAAGCUGUCUGGAAGCUAUUGAACAUCAAUAUGUAUGUAAUAGCAGCAAAUUAUGAAUCAGUUUCUAGAUGGGUUGAAGAUUGGUUUUCCCACAACUCCACUACUAUUGAUAAGGAGAAGCUCUUCACCUUGAUGGAUGGCUCAUGUAUUUUAUGGAAAAACAAAUGUGAUGCUGUCUUUCAGGGAGUAUCUCUAAACCCUGUUAAUACCACUCAUAAAAUCCACUACCACUUUCACUCACUCAUUCAUGUUAAUGACAUGCAUACCAAUCAUUCUGAUGUGUUAAUUGUCUCUAGAUGGAUUCCUCCUGCUCAAGACUCUUUUAAAUUUAAUAUUGAUGCAUCUUAUGAUUACGAUACUAGUCAAGUUGCCACGGGUAUCAUUAUCCGUGAUCACACAAGUACCUGCGUAGGUAUCAAAGGGAGCUACUCAGAUGGAAUUCUAAGUCCUGAGGUGGAAGAAUGCAUGGCAGUGUUUGAAUCUCUUCAAUGGGAAAAUGAGCUGCAUUUUAAUAAAGUUCACAUUGAGUCUGAUGCAAAGAUUGUCAUUCAGUCAAUAGUUGAAGACAAUCUCCUCAUCCAAUGGGAAAACAGAAACAUUCUUAAAGCUAUAAAACAUCUAAGUUUAAGUUUUAAUUCUUGUCAUUUCUCUUUUACUAAACGCAACAACAAUCAAGUUGCAGACAGUAUUGCGAAAUCUGUGAGAGAGACAGUUAUGCAUGUCUAUCAUACUAGUAAUUUCCCUGAACAUCUUUGUAGAUUUAUGGCAAAGGAUUUACACAAUUUUUGUUACUUAAGCAAUCAAAUUUCUCUUUAUCAAAAAAAACAAACAAACUACAAUUCACUAUAG